CCGGCCCCGGCUGGGCCGGGCUGGGCCGGGCCGGGCCGGACGCCCCCAUGGCCACGGCGGGCUGGCGGGACGGCUCCGGGCAGGAGAAGUACCGGCUCGUGGUGGUGGGAGGAGGCGGCGUCGGCAAGUCGGCGCUCACCAUCCAGUUCAUCCAGUCCUAUUUUGUCACUGAUUAUGAUCCAACAAUUGAAGAUUCAUACACCAAACAGUGUGUGAUAGAUGAUAGAGCAGCACGGCUUGAUAUUCUGGACACUGCAGGUCAAGAAGAGUUUGGGGCAAUGAGAGAACAAUAUAUGAGGACUGGAGAGGGCUUUUUGCUGGUUUUUUCAGUCACUGACAGAGGAAGCUUUGAAGAAAUCUAUAAAUUUCAAAGACAGAUUCUCAGAGUAAAGGACCGUGAUGAGUUUCCAAUGAUUUUAGUUGGUAAUAAAGCAGAUCUUGACCAUCAAAGACAGGUAACACAAGAAGAAGGACAGCAACUUGCACGACAGCUCAAGGUGACAUACAUGGAGGCAUCUGCAAAAAUCAGAAUGAAUGUAGACCAGGCUUUCCAUGAACUUGUCCGGGUUAUCAGGAAAUUUCAAGAGCAAGAAUGUCCUCCUUCCCCAGAACCAGCAAGGAAAGAGAAAGACAAGAAAGGCUGCCAUUGUGUCAUUUUUUAAGAAUCCCAUGAAUCUUAGCUGCCGACUGCCAGAAAAAGCCCUCAACUGCUCCUUUCUUCCCUCCAGUUUACAUCCUGUUGGGUACCUCUUUAGCCUUAUGCAAGCAUGUCCUUGGAAUGGCCACCAUGUUAGCCUUAGUCCAAGAAGCUGGCUAAAUCCUGGCCUGGAAGAUGAUGGUGAUGAUGCUGAUGAUUUUGUCAGUCAUGUCAGGACAGACUUAAAGAAAACACUAAGGCUGCUUCUUUAAGACCAUCCAAUUACUUUUUUUUUAAGCUAGACAUCUAUAUGUGUGUACACAUACAGACACAGACACACACCCACACAUACACACACAAUUAAUAUGAUUCUUUAAGGGCUUACACUCAUAGUGGGGAUGAGUCAGCCUUGAGUCCCCAGUUGUUUUCCAAGGUGAAAUCAUUGUAUGCAAAAUGAUUAAUUUUAAUGAGAUCAUAUUACCUACCGUCAUCCUAAAUCAAAACCUAGGGAGUUUUUGUUGUGGGUUUUUGUUUGUUUUUGUUUUGGGAGAAAAUGUGAAUUAGCUUUUUUUGCCCAAGAGAAUAAAAUUUGAUUUCAACUUCAGUUAGCCUUAAACCCACUGAAAUGAGUUAACAAAAACAAGGUGUUUUGGACCUCAUGGAUCACUGUACCUUCUGGUUUCCAGUGGCCAGAAACACCCAGCCAUCUACUGUACUUUUUCCUGUGUGUCCAGAACAGCUGUAGGGCUGUUAUUACUCCUACCAUUGUUGUUGCUACCUGGCUAAUGAUGGUGGUGUGCUCUGUGGCCAAAUACCUGGGCUCGUUCUGGACAUAAGCAUUUCAGUUUCUUAGGGAGUCUUUCUCAGCCAUUUAUUUGAGGGGGGAAUGGGUCAAGCAAUCAUUCGUGUCUGUCUUCCUUUUUGAGUAUUUCUGGAUAAGGGAUUCAAGAAAACAAACUGUAGUGGUUUUUUUUUUUGAUGUAAUAUAAAAAAAAUGGAAUUGAUCUUUCCAGGGUCAGAGAUGACUAAUGUUUUUGCUAUAUACUUUUAUACAUUAUUUUCUUAUCAAACUAGUUAACAAGUAUUUUUAUAUGUUUGUAAGCCAAUAUGCUUUCACAGCAUAACUUGUGUAUAUGUAAAGAUGAGUAUUUAAUUCUCACAGUUCACUUCUAACUGACACACAAAAGCAAAUGUGGAAGCUGCAGAAACUGUGGUAAAACUUCUCUUUAUUUUUUGGGCUUUUGCAGGGCCCACUUUUGGCCAGUCACAUCCCUGCCCAAGAUCAUGUCACAGGUACAACUCCCAGGAUGUGGAUCUCAAAAUCACUUUCGGUAGCCCUUACUGGAGACUGACCAUUUUCAUGAAGUAUUAAACUGUACAACUCUUAACUGACUCUUUGUUUAACUGUGGAUGGCUUCUGAUUUUUUUUUUAAGUUUUGUGGAUUGUGUUUAAACAAUUCAAGACUAUGCUCCCUGAUUUUGAGAUGCUAAGUGGUGGUAUUGCACAAUCACCGCUCUACCGAACGUGUACAACAGCCUCACAAAGUUGAUAAAGUAUAUGCCUUUGUAGAGCUCUGGGUGCUAGAAUUAAAGAGAAUCUGUUAUGACAAGGUGA